UAUACAUUUGACCAGUCGCUCGUCUUACUUCGCAAGAGCAAUUCAUCAUCGCAGACAUUGUAUUUUAGUUUCGGCGAGAAGAGAGUCUUAUCGAUUCGGUCGCGCCCCGAAACGUUACGACGUGUACGACUCUGCACGACCUCAAGUAUCGAAGUUAUUUUUGUUUCCUCGACAGUUUCUUGUGUCCACGCAUCUAUACAACGACAGUGAUUACAAGAACAAAGAGGAAAAGUCGUUCAACGAAGCAGACUGAUUUUUCGUCCCAGUGCUGCUGUGUGAGAGCCAGUUCGAGCGUGUGAUGCACCUGCAACGAAGUAGACGACUGUUAGACCUCGACGACGAGCCGUUGACUUGCUGCUGCCGAUUUCGAACGUUUCACGCGACUGCUGCUGCUGCUGCUCGUUGUACGACGCACUGAUAAGUCUUGGCGCAAGAUCCUUCCGACGAAUCGAUGAGCGUGGACAUGAUGGCAUCGGAAACCAACACCCCAACGUCGGAGGACGCACAAAUGAUGAGCGCAGACGCGCCACCUGCGACGGAGGACAAAAAAUUCGCCUUGCUGCAGUGGGAGAACGAGAGAUUGAAGGAGUUUUUGACGGAAAGAAAUACUGAGCUGAGAAAGCAAUUCAACAUGCUGCUGGCCCUGCAGAACGAGAUCAUGAAAAUUUGCAAGGAUUAUAGAAUAAAAUUCACCGAGGCCAAUUAUCUGAUCAAGUUGCUGUCCGAGAGGGUAAAGAAUUCGGCACAAACAGUCGAGGCGAGCAACGAAAUCGCCGCAACACCAGUCCAACCGAUGAGCACCGAAAAUAUGUCGGAGAUACAUAAAGUUUUUCACACGUUGAUUGAAAAUAUCAAAAUACCGAACGACGUGGAGUUGCUGUCGCUGAUGGACGAUAAGUACAAAGAGUAUUUAGAGGGAAAGUACCUCGCCGAAAUGAACGUAUUUUUAAAACAAUUAGCGGAAAAUAAAUGUGAUAGUAACGACGUGGACGUGGAGAACGUCAAUAGUCAAAAGGAAAAGAUGUUGGACUUCAUCAGAUGCUUUCAAGAGCAAUGCCUUAAGCAUCUAAAUCCUGAGGAACUAACGCAGAAAUGCUCCAAUUUCAUCAAUAAUGUAAAAAGUAUUGUCAUUCGUAAUAAGGAAUUGCAAUGCAAACGUCUAGAUAAAGAAAAUAGCAACCAGCUGUUUAGUCAAUUAAAAACCGUAACUGAUAUUCAAUUACAAAUUAUAAGGGAUGAAACGGUGACUGCCAAAGUACAACGAAAUCUUCUUCAAACGUUAGUUGAUUACGAUCGGGUAACCGAUAUUUUUACGGUAUUGAAAAAUCAAUCGCCCGUUGAUUUUAAUAGUGUAGAACUUAAUAAUAAAGACUGUAAAGUAGAUAGCGGUGUAAAAAAUGAUGAGGAAGCGGAAGACAGCGAAGAAGCUAGCAGUGACGAAGAAGAGGAAAACGACGAAAGUCAAAGCAGCGAUUUUUUAGAUAGUUCGGAAGAGACGCCUGCCGCUGAGAAAAAACAAGGCCCCAAAGAAAAUAACGCCGCAUUUAUCGAACUCGAUUAUAUAAAACAAUGUGUAAAAAAUGACAAGUUAACCGAAGAACUUGCAAAGGCGCAGCAAGAGGUGAAAAACCGUGAUACGGUUAUCCAAGCACUUCGAGAGGAAAUUUCAAAAAUGUGCGACAAGGAGGACAUAAUUACUGCUUACAAAUUGGAAGCUGAAAUAAGAGAUUUCGAAAUAAUUGAUUUGCAGCAAGCCGAAAAAGAAUAUCUUCAACAAAUACAAACAUUAUCGACUACAGUUCAAAAUCAAAUGGACGAGCUCGAGAGAUUGCGACAAGCUGCCGGACCUAAUCAACCAGCUCAACCUGAAGUACUUUAAGCUAGUUAUAGUUAUGUAUAUUUCAAACUGUAAUUUAUACUCUAAUUAAGGUUAAACGAGUGAGUGAUCGUAUAAAUAAUUUUUUAAUUAGGUACUAAUGUUUUGAGAAUGUGUUCAAUCGUUUCUAUGAGGAACAAAAGAUUUAUGAAUCAAAAUAUUUAUGAAGCUAAAAGAUUACUUUUACUUUUUAAAAGUAUA